UUGCUAUAGAAACCCAUCACAUCCAAUGCAUUCACAUUCGCAGCAGUCUGAAGGUCAUGUGAUUGAUGAUCCCAAUACUAUGAACUCUGACAUUGAUGAGAGCCAAUCUGAUGAUAGUUUUGAGAUGGAGAUCAGCGAUGAAUUACGUAAUUUCUUUGCUGUUUCAGCAAAAUUUAAAGAAGAAAGACGAAAAUCUCAGGAGACUAAGGAUUUAGAAGAUAAUUCUGCUCAUUCAGGAAGAAAAUUAAAGAGAAGUACAGCGCCACCAACAGAACGUCCAGGGCAGCGACGGUUGAAGGAAAUGCAGGAACUUUAUGGUGAACAUGCUGCUAUGAUUCAUGGGAUGGAAACAGCACUUCAACUACAGUUUGAUCGAGCAUGUGACAAAAAGCAGCCUUCCCAUUGGCCGGUUAUACCUCUAAAUGUUUGAGCUGUUAGUCUAUUGAACGUUCUUCCUACCAACUUGAAUCGGGUACAAAUGCGUACAAGGCAGACAUUAGUAGGUGAAAGUUUGUGAGAUGAUGCUGUUUACGCAACCAGUUAUACUACUGUUGAAAUGACAGGUACCAUUUGGUGGUGAGAAGGAAAUACAUUUGCCUAGUGUCAGGCUAGUGUAGUAGUGGUUGCUUUUCGGUGUCUGAGCUUUGAGGUUCGAACCUUUGCUGUGCAUUUCCCUGGUGUCUGUGGGCAAAAGCACUUUACCCUAUUGUACAAAUAGGUACCUGGUUGACAUAUACUGGGGAGGUUAAAGGGACAUGGAAAUGGACUGGCACCCUACCACACAAUGGGGAGGCUAUAGUACAUACGAUAGGCUAACAGCUCAUUCCCUUACAUUCAGCAAUGUAUACCACUAUCCCCAGUACAAAUCUUCGGAAAUAAUUCAAUACAGUACAAUGAACGUAUGUGUAUACAUUGUAUUUUGAUAACGAAUAAUUUUGAAACAAAUUGAUGUGCUAGCUUGGCUGAGAUUUUAAUGCACAACAUAUAAAAUGAAAGACAAUACAGUAUAAUACUUUAGCAAAAAUAUUUUAAAACAAUUUAAAACUAUAAAAAUCAUAGAAGGUAAAACGAUGAACACUCUUUCAUCCAUUACCAGUACCUUUUGUAAAAUAUAAAUUAUAAAAUUUACAAAAAUCAACAAUGCUAUACACUUUGAGAUUAAAUAGAAAAGAAAGCA